AUGGCUAAACCCAGAGAGUCUUGUCUCGUCAACGCUCUAUUCGCCAUCGCUAUUUUGGCGACCGCCCAUUUAAGUAACUGUGAAGCUGUCUUGUCUCAGAAAGAACAGGACAAGGUCUCGAAGUUACCUGGUCAAGAUUUCAAUGUUAGCUUUGCUCACUACUCUGGAUUCGUUACUACUAAUGAGAAAUUAGGAAGAGCACUCUUUUACUGGUUCUUUGAAGCCGUGGAAGAUCCUACCUCUAAGCCUCUUGUUCUCUGGCUCAAUGGAGGACCAGGAUGUUCAUCAGUUGCAUUUGGUGAAGCAGAAGAGAUAGGACCAUUUCACAUUAAGUCAGAUGGGAAGACUCUUUACCUUAAUCAAUAUUCUUGGAACCAAGUUGCGAAUAUUUUGUUCCUUGAUGCACCUGUUGGAGUUGGUUAUUCAUACUCAAACACCUCCUCUGAUUUGCUUAGCAAUGGAGAUAAGAGAACUGCACAAGACUCGCUGAAGUUUCUGCUCAAUUGGGUUGAGCGGUUUCCGGAGUACAAAGGAAGGGAGUUUUACAUAGUUGGGGAGAGCUAUGCAGGCCACUACAUUCCUCAGCUGAGCGAAGCCAUUGUAAAACAUAACCGAGGUUCUGACGAAAACACUAUUAACCUGAAGGGUUACAUGGUAGGAAAUGGGCUGAUGGAUGAUUUCCAUGACAGGCUUGGUCUUUUCCAGUAUAUUUGGUCGUUGGGUUUUAUCUCAGACCAAACAUACACCUUACUGAAACUUCAGUGUGGUUUUGAACCGUUUAUCCACUCCUCUAAAGCGUGUAAUAAGGUUCUCGAGAUAGCGGACAAGGAAAUAGGUAACAUAGAUCAAUACAGUGUCUUCACCCCGGCCUGUGUAGCGAAUGCUUCCCAGUCAAAAAUGUUGCUAAAGAAAAGACCAAUGACUAGCCGUGUGAGCGAACAGUAUGAUCCUUGCACGGAAAAACACUCUAAAGUGUAUUUCAAUCUUCCAGAGGUUCAAAAAGCCCUCCAUGUCCCACCAGGACUUGCACCAUCCAAAUGGGAUACUUGCAGUGAUGUUGUUAAUGAACACUGGAAUGACUGUCCUUCCUCAGUUCUAAACAUUUACCACGAGCUUAUCGCUGCCGGGCUACGUAUUUGGGUUUUCAGUGGAGACGCAGAUGCUGUUGUACCAGUUACAUCAACCCGGUACAGCAUAGAUGCGCUAAACCUUCGUCCAUUGAGUCCCUAUGGUCCUUGGUACAUAGACGGACAGGUGGGAGGCUGGACUCAGCAAUAUGCUGGUCUAAACUUUGUGACAGUGAGAGGUGCAGGCCAUGAAGUUCCAUUGCACAGACCGAAGGAGGCUCUUGCGCUUUUCAAGGCUUUUAUAUCCGGAACUCCGUUGUCCACACCUGAAAACGGCAUCAACCGCGACAUGUCUGAACUCGUUAGUGAGUUCUGA